CAAAUAAAGUCAUACAUGUUAUAUAUAAAUAAAGUCAAAAAAGCAACACAAUAUGUAUCACAGUCACAGAAAAGGUGUCUAUAGUUCAAUAAUAUUUUUAGGAGAAGAAAAUUAGUUAUUACAAAUCGGAAAAGAAAUACUUUAAGAUUGACAUAACGAGUAUGGAGAGAAUGGCCACAGAUAAUUCGAAGUGUGAAUCGUUGAAAUUUUACACUUAUCUAUGCCAAAAUAUUGGAUCUGAAGAACUUGUGAAAAUUAGGAGGUUAGCUUUCACUAUUUUAGAUUUGGGACAAUCAUUUGGUCAUAAAACAAUAACCAGUGGAAGUAAAGGUGAAGGACUUGAUAUGAAAGGCAGUGAUUUGGAUGUAAUGGCUAUAAAUCCAUUUUUUAAGGUAUACGAAUCAGAAAAAGAUGUUGUUCUUGAUGGUCUGACAAUUCCCUUAGUUAUGGUCACUGAUGAGACCCAACCAUGUUUUACACAGUUAUGUCGUCUAAAUCAUCAUCGAGUAUAUAACGAUUCGGAUUUGGCUUUUAAACUAUUACCUUUGUGGCAAAAAUAUCCUCUAGGAUACAUGCUUUCAAGUGAACAGUAUAAACUGUUGAUUAUGUCAAUUGCUGGUCUCAAACUUGCUGAACGCAAACUUCCAAGAUUAGUGAAAACGCAUGGCCCAUGUCUAACAAGUGUUGAUGAUCAAUUGGAUAAUGUAGUGUGCCUUAAAUGUGAUCAAUGGCUAUUUCAAACACAGCCAUGGAUAAGAAGACCACGUACUGCAUGGCCUUCACCUAAAAUCAUAUCAAAAAUAAUAUCUUGUGGAGUGCUAUUUGUUCCAAUCGGAUGCAAAGGAUCAGCAAAUGAAAAUCUGGAAUGGCGAAUUUCAUCUUCUGUUGCAGAAAAAUUUCUUAUAUAUUCUUUCAACCAUACACAAUUCUUAUGCUAUGGACUGUUAAAAAUCCUGCUAAAGGAAAUAGUAGAGAAAGAUGCUGAUUUGAAGGGAUUAUUAUGUUCAUAUUUUUUAAAAACAUUAAUGUUUUGGAUGUCAGAAGAAACAGAUCCGAAUUUAUGGCGACCAGAUAAUACCAUUCCUUGUUUUAUGGCAUGUCUACAGAGGUUACUGUACUGUGUCAGAUAUUCAAUCUUGCUACAUUAUUUUAUUCCUGAAAAUAACUUUUUCCACUCACGGUUCAAUGCUACUAACAAAGAAAAAUUAGAAACCAUACUUACAAAUUUAUAUGGGCGAGGAAUUAAUUGUUUUGCUCAUUCUGUGACCCUAAGAGACUACCAAAGACAACACUACAAAGACAAUCAUCCUUUAACACAAGUAAAUUUUACAACAUUUGAACUUUUUAUCGAUUAAUCAAAUUUAAAGAAAAUGUAUCUACUAUAUCAUUGUCUACAUCAUUCUAGAACUGUUGCAUGUAAAAGUCUAUUUACAUUGUAUUUAUCAAAGUCAUGUUGGUUUGUUCCAGAUACCUCUAAACAUCUUUUUACAAGUUAUAGCGCAGAAAACAAACAUCAAUACUCAAAGUACAAACACGAUCUCAGUCAUUUGAUUGUAGGUGUGCAUUCAGAUGCAGUGACUGGAUGGCUUAUCUUAGCUUCAUAUCUCUAUGUUAGAAAAAAUUACGUUGCCUCUUUAAGAUUAACAAAUUAUGUGUUGCAGAAAUACACAGAUGAGAAAAUUUUUACUGGAUCCGGACUGACCAAAUAUGAGUUAACAUUUAUCCAAAAACACGUUCUAAAUCUGAUGAAAACAGAAAAGUUGUAUUCAGUAUUAAGAUCAUUGAGAAUUGAAACUCUUACAUUUGGUCCUAACUCAUCAAUAAUUCCACAGGAAUUACAACUAGAUGUUACAAGGAUGCGCACAUGUUAUUAUCCUUUACCAUUUGCAUAUUUUCUUGGCUUCUUAUGUAACUACCAUCUACAGGACAUCACAUCAUGUAGACAUUACCUUAAAAAACUAAUAUUAACAAAGAAAAACGAUAGUAUUCAUGUUUCUUUAUUUAAAGCGAAUACAGCUAUAAUGUGUGGCGUAGCCCAUCAGUUGAUUGGUGAGGCAUACUUUGCUAAAAUAUUAUUUCAGGAAGCUGCGAUGCAGGAUAAGUUAAAUUGUACUAGUGCAGCGACAAGGUUGUCUAGUUUCACAUGAUGCUAACUGUAAACUAAGAUGUAAUUGAUCUGUUUAUUAUUUUAUUUUGGAUGUAACGCGUCUUUUAAUUUGCCGACAGUUUCUUGUCUAUCAGCUAAUAGACAUAAUAUUGUCAUGUGAUUAACCCAGGCUUAAAAUGAAAUUUAGAAUUACAUUAUAAGGAAUAGCAGUAUAUUUUCCCGUCUUAUCGAAAUAACAUAAAAAUGUGGUGUACACU